ACUUCUGCGCGCACACUGAAAACUCACUCUCUCUCUCUGUCUCCCUCUUCGCAAGCUUUCUCAGUCUUUCUCCGUCUCUCACCAAGCACAGAGGCCAAAGCCACUUAGAUCUGAAAGCCCAAACCCCAAAACCUUAGGCUCCAAGGACGAUCUUGGGCGUGCAUGUUAUACUUGUCCACUCGAUCAGUCUUUCUUGCCCAUCAAUUAGGGUUGACGUGAAUGGCGACAACACUUGCGCAAAAUCCCCUUCUUGGGGAAACAACAUGUGGUUCUUUACUGCAGAAACUGCAGGAAAUAUGGGAUGAGGUUGGGGAAAAUGACGAGGAACGAGACAAGAUGCUUCUUCAGUUAGAGCAGGAGUGCUUGGAUGUAUACAAGAGGAAGGUUGAGCAGGCUGCAAAGUCAAGGGCACAGCUUCUUCAGGCCUUGUCGGAUGCUAAACUUGAACUUUCCUGUCUUCUAUCAGCACUUGGAGAGAAAAGUUUUGUUGGAAUUCCUGAGAAUACUUCAGGGACUAUCAAAGGACAGCUUGCUGCUAUAGCACCGGUACUUGAACAACUUUGCAAACAAAAAGAGGAGAGAGUAAAGGAGUUUUCUGAUGUUCAAUCACAGAUUCAAAAGAUAAUUGGAGAAAUUGCUGGGAACUUGAACCUUAACGCCCAGACGGGAAAUCCUGAAGUUGAUGAGGCUGACUUAUCCAUGAAAAAGUUAAAUGAAUAUCAUGCCCAACUUCAAGAACUUCAAAAAGAGAAGAGUGAAAGGUUGCAAAAGGUCCUUGAAUUCGUGAGCACUGUGCACGAUCUUUGUGCUGUCCUGGGGAUGGACUUCUUCAGUACUGUUACAGAGGUUCAUCCAAGCUUAAAUGACUCUACUAGUGUGCAAUCCAAAAGCAUUAGCAAUGACACACUGUCCAGGCUGGCUAAGACAGUCUUAGCACUAAAAGAAGAUAAGAAGCAGAGGCUGCACAAGCUCCAAGAGUUAGCGACUCAGCUAAUUGAUCUGUGGAAUCUGAUGGAUACCUCAAUGGAAGAAAGGAGAUUAUUUGACCAUGUUACCUGUAACAUAUCUGCACCAGUAGAUGAAGUUACUGUUCCAGGGGCUCUUGCUCUAGAUCUGAUUGAACAGGCUGAGGUGGAAGUUGAAAGGCUUGAUCAGCUGAAAGCAAGCAGGAUGAAGGAAAUUGCUUUUAAGAAGCAAGCAGAACUUGAAGAGAUAUAUGCUUGUGCUCAUAUAGAAAUAGAUCCAGAGGCUGAAAGAGAAAAAAUUAUGGAACUAAUUGACUCUGGCAAUGUUGAACCUGCUGAAUUACUGGCUGACAUGGAUAAUCAGAUAACAAAAGCAAAAGAAGAAUCUCUCAGCCGAAAAGACAUAUUGGACAAGGUUGAGAAAUGGAUGUCAGCCUGUGAAGAGGAGAGUUGGCUUGAAGACUACAAUCGGGAUGAAAAUAGGUACAAUGCAAGCAGAGGUGCACACUUAAACCUCAAGCGAGCCGAAAAAGCCCGGAUUCUGGUCAACAAGAUUCCAUCACUGGUUGACACAUUGGUUGCCAAAACUCGGGCAUGGGAAGAAGAACGUGGCAUAUCUUUUACUUAUGAUGGUGUUCCUCUUCUUGCAAUGCUAGAUGAAUAUGCCAUGCUCAGGCACGAACGAGAAGAAGAGAAACGGAGGUUGAGGGAUCAAAAGAAGUUCCAUGAGCAGCAAAAUACAGAACAAGAAGCCGUGUUUGGUUCAAGGCCCAGCCCUGCUCGCCCUGUUGGCACAAAGAAGGUAGUGGGUCCUCGUGCAAAUGGUGGUGCCAAUGGAACCCCUAGCAGACGGCUCUCUCUUAAUGCGAAUCAAAAUGGGGCCAGGUCGGCAACAAGAGAUGGAAAGAGGGAUAAUGCUAGACCUGCUGCCCCCGUGAACUAUGUAGCCAUAUCCAAAGAUGAUGCUGCCUCCCAUGUUUCUGGUACAGACCUGACUCCAGCUUCGCCAUGAUGUAAUAAGAGAGAUCCGUAGGUUUACACCCGUGAUGUUACUAUUCUUGCUAAUUCUAGUUUGUGUUCUGUAGGAAUAUGGCCUACGAAACAGCGAGUAAAAUUGCAGAUAAAACUAUUUGUACCUUUGUAUGUGAUAUUGACGCUUGAAGCUAUUUGAGUCGUGUUGCUUUGAUA